AUGAAUACUUUUUUCGAGCUGGAGCCUGAUUAUGUGGAGUUUUACAAGCAAGCUCUUGGAUUUAGGACGUGGGUCGUUGGGCCUGUCUCUUUCUGGGUUAAUAAGAGUGUUUCUGAGGAAAUUGGUGUUGAGAAUUAUGAGAAUGAGGAGAAUACUGUUGAAUUGAUGGAAUGGCUCAACUCCAAAGAAUUGAACUCUGUUUUGUAUGUUUGUUUUGGUAGCUCCACCAAGUUUUGGUCUGCUCAGUUGGCUGAAAUUGCUGGUGGGCUUGAAGAUUCUGGUCACCAAUUCGUUUGGGUCGUGGGAAAAGUGAUCGACAGUGGAGGAGAUCAUGGCCAGCCAUUUGAUGGCAUAGAGGAGUUUGAGGAGAGGAUGAAGCAGAGCAAGAGAGGGUUGAUAGUAAGAACAUGGGCUCCGCAGCAGCAGAUUCUAAACCAUCCGGCCGUGGGAGGGUUCAUCACUCACUGUGGCUGGAACUCAAUUUUGGAAGGCGUUUGCGGCGGCCGGCCGAUGGUGGCGUGGCCGUCGUCGGCGGAGCAAUUCUUCAACGAGAAGCUAAUAACUGAGGUGUUGAAGAUCGGAGUUUCAGUUGGAGCCAAAAAAGCUCGGGGCUUGAUGAACUUAGAGGCAGUGGCGAUUGUGGGGAGGGAUGAGAUUGCAAAAGCGGUGUCGUUUUUGAUGGGAGAUGAAGAAGAGGCUGUAGGAAUGAGGAAUCGAGUUCGAGAGAUGGCAGUUGCAGCUGAGAGAGCAACCAACAGUGGCGGAUCUUCUCACACUAGCUUGCUCUCAUUGAUUCAUGAACUCAAGAUGAUGAAGCUAAAACGCCAAGCCAAUGAGCUCCAUGCCUAGCUUAAUUAGCUUGGGAGUUUUGUUGAAAAAGGUUGUGUUUGGUACUUUUCAUGGAAAUUAUUUUUAUUAAGCUAUUUGUUAACAUUUUUUUUUUUUUUGAGAUGCUAUUUGUUCAUAUUAAAUUGCUUGGUUUCUUCUUAUACUUCAA